GCCAAUCGCGCAAGCUGGUUACCCUCACAUGGCCCCGCCCCCGCGGAAAAGAGGCGGCACCUCAAGGCCACCCCACCCAAAUGCGAUGAUGAGUUUUAACACCAUAGGGGUGCCGACUUGCGAGUAAAUGCUAGGUGCCGCUGUGACUGGGCGGCCGGGGUUACCAACGCAAUCGCGCUCAGGCGCACGCCCGUGGCCUUGCGGCAGUGCCAGCCGGCGGCGCAUGCGCGCACGUCCUCCUGCCCCCGCCCCCCUCCUGCAGUUCCACUCGCCGCCGCUGGGUGCGCGCACGGUCCCGGCCCCGGCCCCAGGCUCGGGCUCCCGCGUCCGCGUCCUCGCCGGCAUGGACCUGGAAGCGGCGGAGGCGAGCGGCGGCUCCGGGGCCCGCGUCUCGCAGGCCGAUUUCACCGUGCCUCCCUUCGCGGCACAGUUGUGCCGGAAAGCGGCAUCGGUGGUGAGGACGGGCCCGGCGCCCGGCGCCAGAGGAGGGAGAGGCGGCGGUGACGCGUCGGCCUACGGCGGCAGCGCGGCAGCCCGGGAGGCGGCCUCCUUCAUCGAGACCGUGCCGGUCACCGUCUCCCUGGAGAACGUGGACGGUCAGCACAGGAUAGUGUGUUUGGCGACAGAUGCUAAUGGAGGUACAUUGUCUUAUGUUGGCCAGCUGAAUUCGGAUGUGAAUUUGGAACUGCAGGCUGCAGUGUCUCCACAGCCUUUGCUGCAGCAAGAUGGUUUGAGUGCUAUUUCAGCAGGCAAUCCAGUUCUUCAGAUUCGCUCUCUGGAUACAGGAUCACAACAACUACAAAAUGUUAUCCUGGAAGGACAAGUCGAAGAUAGCAGUGGCACAAAAGAACUGGAGAGUGAUGAACCAAAGAAACGGAAAGGUGGUUGGCCCAAAGGCAAGAAGAGAAAGCCGCCUAAAGAUUUCACUCCUCCACGUGCUCCAACCACAGGGUAUGUGUUAUUCCUGAAUGAACAGAGAGCCAAGCUGAAAAUUGAACAUCCGGAACUUCCUUUUACAGAGAUUACUAAAUUGCUGGGCACUCAGUGGUCACAGCUCUCUCAGGAGGGAAAACAGAAGUACAUUGAUGAAGCAGAAAAAGACAAGCGCCGCUAUAUUGAGGAGCUGAAAGCAUAUCAAAAUUCAGAGGCUUAUCAAGCUUUCCUGAAAAGAAGGGCAAUGAACAAAGUAAAAAACCUGUGUGGUGUCGAGUCUCUGGAUACUGAAUAUGAAGGUGAAGCUGUUACAAUGUCAGAAAUAGGUGAUGAGGGAAACAAUGAUCUGUACUGCAAAACAUGUAAUCAGUAUUUUAGUUCACUACAUAACAAAAAGGAACAUCUUUUUGGAAGACAGCAUCUUCAGAAUUUGACAGGAGACUUUGAGAAAGAAGCAGCUGAACUCUCUAAGCAGCAACAAGAACAGCAGCAGGGUGAUGAAGAUUCAGCUGAUGAUGCUGACACGGCAGAAUUCUCCCACUCAUGUGGCCUGACUUCAAGACAUAACUAUACAUCACUUAAUUUAAGUUUUCUGGAGGAAUAUAUCUUCAAGCAAGUAAAAUUAAGAGAGUUUGAGCUUGGUGAACUUGCAAAAUCGUUGGAGCAUGUGCAAGAUAAACACAAAAAUUUAAAUAAACAGUUGGAUGGAUUGAAGAAUCAGAAGAUAAAACUGGAAACUGACCUUGCGAAUUUGAAAGCCUAUGGAGCAUCAUUGGAUGCACAACUGGAAAGUUUAAAGAUGGUUCCAUUGCUCUUUCAGUUCCACAUUCAAAUAAUGGAUAAUGGAGCACUUCCAUUUGCAAAAAUCCUUUGUUAAGAUUUGAAGAAUAUAGAAAGUGAAUGAUGAAGAAUAGAAAAGGUUUGAAGCUGCAACUCAGGUCAGAUGUGAACAUUGAAUUUCACUGGAUUUCUAUCUGUUAAGAGAUUUUGUCUGUUGAAUUUGACUUUCAUGGAGCAAAACUAUUGUUUUUAUUCAAAUGCAGUGUUUUAUUUUCACACUGUUGAGUAUGUUUUUAUUGUGCUCUGCAUCUGGUUAUAAAAGCAUGUUGAAGAAAAUAUGUUCACCCUGUGGUCUUGGUUGUAUUUGAUUUUUGCACAUUGAGAGUUAGCGAACAGGACAUUUUUCUCUUUAUAUUAUGAUGGGUUUAGACUUGGUGCAUUACAAGUUAUUAGAUGGUUUAAAUACAAUAGGGAAAGAUAUUUGGCAUGGUUAUGUAAUACUAACCUUAGUUCAAAUCGAUAUUCUUUUUUCUCCUUCUCCUUUGUUUCUUUCCUUUUGGAACACUAAAGUCUUGUGGUUAAACAUGUUGUAUUCUGCAUGUACCAAGUGUCACAGCAAUUUUUACAUGUGAAUAACUGUAGGGGAAAAUGGUCUCCAUAUAUGUGUUUUCUACACAUUCUGGCCUGUGGUUUGCCUUUCAUUUUAAAGAAAUAAUGCAUUUUAACGGAAAACUACUUUGCCCAGUUAUUUUUUGAAGUAGCAAAUGCAAUUUUUACAGUUGUUUGUGUUGUUUGCAGCCAUUCACCACAUUACCAUAUGUUAUGUACAAAAUGUACAUGUCUAUCAUACUAGUUUUGUUUUAGAAGGAUAAAUUAGAUGGUGAUUUUUAAAGCAUAUAUUUUGCUGAAUGAUAUUAUUUUCAAUUGAUGCCAAUCUAGUGAAGACCAGAUUUCCAGUAAAUGGCUUUUGUCUUAACAUCCAUCAUUGGUGCUAGGGUAGUGAAACUUUUUAAUUGCACUUUCGUAUAUGAAUCAUAUUGUAGAAUGUGUAUUUUUAAAUGACACUAUAGAAAUCUAUGAACUCCUGCUUUAUAGAUAUAAGAAAAAUCAUUGUUUUGGUGUUCUAAGUGUUUACUAAAUCAUUGAGAACAGUGUUUUCUAUAUAGUAUUGAUACAUUUGGACAGAGAAAGUACUGUAUAUUUAUUUUUUGUGGAACUGUCAAAUGCAAUAAACAAUUUUUUAAAUCAU